UUUGUUCCCUCGCGCGCUCGGGGAUUCGAACUGCUUUCUCGUUUCCUUGCUCGCGAGCCCGAUUAUCUCCUGAAGGAUCCUGGCCAACUACCCCGCCUAUUCGACGUCCUGUCAGAGGAUAUUGCACCCGAUUUGAAGACCGCCGCUGCUCACUGCCUGCGUCGUCUAGCUAUAACUUUUCAGGAGGCUCAGAGGCUUAAUCAUCCAGCUCUGCGCAGCCAACUCGUCAAAUUAGAGCGUCUGCUCUACGAGAACAUGGAACGGGUAAGUCACGGGCACUGA